AUGUCGCACUAUUUCCAAACAUCUGAAAAUUACGACGAGAAAUUCAUAAAUAUUCGACAGGAUAUUGUUAAGGGUGUUCAACAUUCUGCGCCUGUACAGGAGAAAUUUGGAAAUUAUACUAAUACUUGCCCAUACUAUGGCUUACAGCAUGGGUUAUUUCAUCCAACUGUUGAGCAUCCACGUUUUAUUAUAACUGGUGGUGCGGGUUUCAUCGGAAGCCAUUUAGUGAAACACUUAAGAAAACAACAAUACAAAGCAACACAGAUCAAAGUAUUAGAUAAUUUGGGGCGAGGACGCUUACACAAUCUUCAAUUCGAAAAUGGUUCAUGGGCCAUAUCCAUUGCUCUUAACUUUUGCAUGCUUGAUUUACGAAAUGCAGACGAUGCUUCAAAAUUUGUGACAGGAGCUGAUGUGGUUUUUCAUUUGGCGAAUGUUAUGGCUGGAGUUAGUUAUGCAUUUUCACACCAGUUACCUGUUUUUCAGGAUAAUAUACUCAUUAAUUCAAAUACAAUACAUGCUGCGAAAACGAACAAAAUAAAAAACUUUAUAUAUGUUGGAACAGCUUGCAGCUUUCCAAAAAUUUUACAACAUGAUGCAGGUAUUCAUUCAUUAAAUGAAAAUCCAACAUAUCCUGCGAAACGUGAGUUUUGGUACGGAUGGAGUAAAUUAAUGGGAGAAUAUGAAGCAGAAUUAGCAAAAUCAAAUAGCUUUAAUGUUGGUAUUCUGCGUCUCCAUCAUGUGUAUGGUCCUUAUAGUGAUUACAACACUGUAACUGAACAAACUAUACCAUGUCUGAUUAGAAAAGCAAUAGACACUAAUAAUGAUAGUUUCAUCGUGUCUGGAUCGGGUGAACACUAUCAAGACAUUUUAUAUGUUGACGACGUCAUAGAUAGUUUACUUUCAAUGUUGAAAAGAGGCAUGAACAAAGGAGUUAUACAAGUGGGCACAGGAAAAGCAACGACAAUAAAAGAACUUGCAUAUAUUGUCAAUCAGUUAAUAGAAAGUAAAUUUCAGAAAAAAAGGAAUAUUAUAUUUGACAACACACAACCACAGGGUGAUAAAGGACCAAUCGCUAUUCUUGAUCGUGCUAUGAACAUUUUAAAAUGGAAACCUAAAGUAGAUAUACAAGAAGGUAUCUCAACAACUAUGUCAUGGAUAGCCGAUAAUGAAAGAAAACAACGAAUACUCGUCAUUACAAUUGGUCAGAUUCGUGGUGGUGAAAUAGCUUGGAAAUCUCUGCAAAAGUUUCUUCUUCAACCUUUUAAUGCACAUUUAGCAAUUUAUGUUUCCAACUGGCAAACAAGAACACUAUUACAUGAUAUGGCUCAUUACAUUUGGACGGUGCCUGAAUAUACGGACUGGGGUGCUGUAUUUGAAAUGAUAGCGAAAACAUGUCAUGUAAAUAGUAAUAUAGGAAAGUGGCGAAAGUAUUGUAAAAUCCCUGGACAGUUUAUGGGUGGAGUAGCAAAUUGCUCACAUUCAGGAUCGGCUGGUAUUUUAUUUGCUUUUAGAUGGUUAGUUCAACAAAAAUUCUCGAAUUUAAUUUACUCGAUAAAUACGAUUGGUUCAUUUUGA